CGAGAUCAUGGUAUUGAGCCACAUGCCCUUGAGCAUUUCAGGAAGGUCAUUGAUUAUUACCUGGCCUGCUCUAACCUUUAUGACAGUUGACUUUGCCCUGUCCUAUCUCCAUCAGGCCAUUGGAGACAUUGCUGACCGUUGAGGCAACCGUCGUAGUAGUAUUACCUAGAGGCUAGGAGACCUACAACUAUUUAAUGACUCUUAACAACCCUCCAAAUCCAAUCCUGCUCCUCUUAGACCGUAAUUGUCUCAGAAUUCACAGUCGUGACAGCGCAGAAGAGAUUUUAAGCAAUACUAAACACAAACGACCAAUCCCGCGACAACAGGGAGCGCACUGUACAUACGCAGAACAGAAUGGCAUCCUCGACCUCGCCAUCAACGUUAGAGACGGUGACUGCCCAACUUCAGGCCACACCAGCUGACCCAAGCACCAUGGCGGCACAAUUGGAGACAAACCCCAUGGACCCAAACGCACCAUUACCGGAACCUAUCGCCACAACCUCCAGGCUGAUAAUAAGGCCAAUGCACCCGCAAGAUGCGCCUUCGUAUGCGCGCGCCGCCGGUACCCCGUUAAUCGCGAAGUACAUGAGCCUUGCUUUCCCCUCCCCUUACACAUUGGAACACUCAAAUGGCUGGAUCAAGCUCAACCUCACGGACAAAAUCCCGAACUAUGUCAUCGCAGAGAAAGACCACCCGGACGUCGUGAUCGGAGGCAUGGGCUUCAAACCCGGUGCGGAUGUGCAGAGCCAUGCGGCCGAGCUCGGCUACUGGAUCGGCGAGGACUGGUGGGGGAAGGGCUACAUGCAAGAGGCGCUGGCCGGCCUGACCGAGUAUGGAUUCGAGAGCGGCAGGUGGUCGAGACUUUGGGCAAAUGUUUUCAGUGAGAACCAGGCCAGUGUGACGUGUCUCGAGAAGUGUGGCUACAAGCUUGAAGGCGUGCUGAAGGGACAUGUCCAAAAGCACGGAGAGGUCUCUGACCUCCAUGUACUUGGCCUAACAAUAGAGGAUUGGAGAAAGUGGAAGCAAAGUAAAGAAACAUGAGCAUGGAUAUGUGGUACAUUCUUGGAUUUGCCAACGUUGCGGAGGGUAUCAAAAAUACAUGGAACUGUCUACAAUUAUAUACAACACCUAGUGAAGGCUCUAACGGACCCGUGAGGAUC